AUGGUGAAUAGACUAGAGAGCUCUAGAGGGCCAAAAGUCAAGACUGGCAUAAUGCUGCUAAACAUGGGAGGGCCGAGCGAUUUGGAUGUGGUGCAAGACUUUCUACACCGACUCUUCAGUGAUAAGGAUCUCAUACCGCUCCCCUUUCAGAUAAGCUUGUCCUGGAUUGCGAGAAGACGCACACCAAAAAUUCAGCAAUACUACAGAGAAUCGGGGGCCCUAUUCUGGACAGACAUUCAGGGUCAGGGUUUGGUUGACAAACUGGAUACAAUGUGUCCCGAGACAGCACCACACAAGUUUUAUGUUGGUUUUAGAUAUGUCAGCCCAUUAACAGAAGAUGCAAUAGAGCAAAUGGAAAGUGAUAUGGUGGAACAUGCUAUUGCCUUUACCCAGUAUCCACAAUACAGCUGUUCCACAACUGGUAGCAGUCUUAACACCAUCUAUAGGCACUAUAGGAACCGAGCUGAUCCAUCGCGCUUGACGUGGAGUGUCAUUGAUCGAUGGCCUACCUUUCCUGGCCUUGUAGAGGCAGUGUCUGAUUCCAUCAAAAAAGAACUGCUGAAGUUUCCGGCUGAUAUCAGAGAUGAUGUAGUGAUUAUAUUCUCUGCACAUUCUCUCCCAAUGUCACUACUAACAGAGAAACAUAUUUCUGCACAGGUUGGUCCGUCCCCGUGGCUGGUUCCAUCGACGACUGAUGUCAUGAAGGGUCUUGUUAAGCAGGGUAGGCGCGACCAGCUGCUGGUGCCGAUCGCCUUUACAUCAGACCACAUCGAAACUCUGCACGAGCUGGACAUUGAGUAUGCUGUCGACUACGCUGCGGAGAUUGGAGCUAGAGAGGUGAGACGUGCUGAAGCUCUAAAUGACAGCCCUAUAUUCAUUCAGGCACUUGCUGACAUCUGCAAGACCCACUUGAUGUCAGACAAGCUCAGCUCCCCACAACUGAUGUUGCGAUGCCCUGGCUGCAGAAACAAGGACUGUGGAGGGAUGAGGCAGUUCUUCAAGAACCAAUGGCACAAUUUAUUAGAUUAGUGUGUUGCUCCUAUAGUAAUGGAACAUACAUUACUCGCGUACUGUGGGUUCUCUUUCAGAUGUUUGCGAAUCUGUGAGAACGUCUGAUCUGGACGAAAUGGUAGUGUUGAUCGAGCUUGUAGUCCACUGAUCUCUAGCAAGGAGUUGGGUCAAAGAAAAGUGUUUUAAGAUAGCCAGGAAUUUACACAGCAUAGCGCCGAUAAAUAUUUUAUUUUAUAUAUGGGGUAGAUGUAUCUGGGUGUCUUCUCUUUGCAGCAAAUGGAGAAUGAGGUGGUUCGUUGAGUGCUGGUGUCUUUAAUUCACCUAAAUUAACUUCAGAGAGCUAUUUGAGUACAUACGAUCUGUCAAAAUAUCCGUCCAUGCAAACAUGAUUAGGAAAUCAUUGUUUUUUGUGGUCAAUGUUGCAAACGAAAAUAAGCGAAUGAUAAUGUUGAAACCUUUUCUCAUUGUUGACGAUUUCAUGGAAAAUCUUUACAAUGGUGGUAUAGUAUGGAAUCGUAGGGCAGUAAUAGGGUGGCGUUAUUCUUUUUCGUUAUUACUAAAUACGUGUAUAUAUGUGUACGCUCUCAUGUUUCAUUUAAUGUUGUCACAAACACUAUGCUAAUUAUUUCAGGAGGACUCAAAUUUAAAUUUAUAAUGGUAAUCUUAUGACCUGAUUAUAUAAUACUCACCACUCAGGUACAUGCAUAACGCCGGUAUAUUAAUAAUAUAUUAUGGUCAUUGUAAUUUGGUUAUGAGAUCGUUGACUUGAUUAUAUCUACUGGUGUAUGGAAUCAUAAGAUCAAGGUUAAAAACUUACUGUAAUACGGCUUAAAGUAGCUUAUUAAAUCACCAUGAGUUUCUAUUCUUGAA